AUGGUCAUUUCUGAAAUCAUUUCGACUCUUUAUCAGGAAGUAAAUUUCACUAAAAAUGUAAUUUAAUUUGUACCCUAGCCACGUUGAUGUAGACACAGUGGGGUUUAAAAUAAAGUACAGGCAAGCUUUCCAAGUAUAUUUAGGGCGACGCGCAAGCGCGAUCCGAUAAAACUCUACUGAAGACUUGUAGUUUAAGCUUUCUCGAAUUUUGCCUCGUGUGUCGCGAUUCGCGAUUCCAACAGAUCGCGUGUAACUGCGAACAGUAAUAUCUUCCGUCUGUUCAAUUUUCAUAAAAUCGAGGUGCACGAAUUACAAAUUCUAACAUCCAUUACGCGAAAAUCAUGCCGAGAUAAGCCACGAUCGUACGGUGACGUUUAAGAGCAAAAAUAAAGGUGACCUUCCAAAAUAAAAUAAUAACGAUCGAAAAAUAAAGUCUAACUUAAACGUUUAAUUUAUUGGAGAGAAAAGGAGAGAAUAGACUGCAUACGCAAAGGAAACUAAACUGCAAAAGAUAAACUUCUUCAUUCUGAUUUAACGCCAAAAGAAGCAGCACCAUGGAUCUUGGUGGUGUGGACGUUUGGGGUCAGAUUGCCCUAGAAACGUCUCAGAUGUACGUUUCUGAAGGUGGUGCCGCUAAAAGUCGUACUACGAUAGAAAAGCUGCCGGACAAGGUUCUUCUGAAUAUCUUUAGCUACCUUUCACAUCGCGAGAUAUGCCGAGUUGCUCGCGUGUGCAAACGCUGGCGGCAAAUCGCGUAUGACACGCGUCUUUGGAAGCACGUGUCCCUAAGGCCGGAAGUAAGCGGGCUUCACGUAAGCUCCCUGGAAAAUCUGCUACACUUAAUAAGCGUACGCUUUGGACCUUCGUUGAGAUAUAUAGAAUUACCUAUCGAAUUGAUUACGCAUACGGUUUUACAUGAAUUAGCCAAUAAGUGUCCUAAUUUAACGCAUAUGUUGCUGGACUUUUCGACUGCGAUGCAACUUCAUGAUUUUUCGGAAAUGCAAGCGUUUCCUACGAAAUUGAAAUACAUGUGUAUUUGCCUGUCGGAAGUAAUCUUCAUGGAAGGUUUCAUGCGAAAAAUUUAUAACUUUAUAAACGGUCUCGAAAUCCUGCAUUUAAUCGGAACAUAUGAAAAAGUCGAAGAAGAAGAAGAAGAGAUUUACGAAGUGAUCAACGUACACAAGCUGAAAUCGGCAACGCCUAAUUUACGGGUUAUCAAUUUAUACGGCAUCAACUUUGUGGAUGAUUCGCAUAUCGACGCUUUUUCUUCUAACUGCAUUCAAUUAGAAUGCUUAGCAGUCAAUUACUGUUCCAAAGUGACCGGUUCGACCAUGAAGACCCUCUUCCAAAGGAGCAGAAGACUGACGUGUCUUCUAAUGCAAGGAACAAAUCUGCAGAGCGAGUACGUAAUGCAAGUUGAAUGGGAAAAGUCAAGCAUUCAGGAGCUCGACAUUACCGCUACCGACCUGUCGACGGAAUGCCUGAUCGACAUGCUGACCAGAAUCCCCGGGCUGCGCUUCCUGAGCGCCGGUCAACUAAAUAGUUUCAACGAAAACGUGCUGAAGGCCUGGACCGAACUUGGAAAUACGCGGAACUUGAUUGCGCUGGACCUGGACAGCUCCGACAAUUUGACCGACGACGCCCUGCACAAGUUCUUGUCGCGAUACGGCCAUCAGCUGUACGGUCUCGUGCUGUCGGGCAUGUCACACAUUACCGAUCAACUUUGGCAAAGUGUACUACCGAUUCUCACUAAUGCAAAAAUACUUGUGAUGGGCACUCAAGAGAGGCUAGGCGUUAAUAUUCAUGUUGAUCAGUUGAUGGACGGAAUUGCUAAUAACUGCCCCAAUUUGGAGCGUUUGGAGUUACGAUGGGACCCGGAAAACUUGCGAUUUUCGGACAAAAGUCAGAAAGCUAUCGAUAUCCUACGUGUGAAAUGUAUUAAGAUGAAAUGUUUAAGCCUAAGCGACGGUCGCUAUUAUGAAGUCACCAAAGCAAAUUUCGAGCGAGCUGAUCGACUUACAGUUGUGAGAACGAUCACGUGUUGCAGAGUGUCAAAUUACUAUCUUUUGCAAAAUUAUAAGGAUCUAAUUUUUAAUUGAGGUAUGCUGAUGAUAGGUUUUACAAGUGCUUUACAAGUGUUUUAUUGCGACAUAAAACUUCGUUGACAUGAAAAAGUGCUUAAAAUAAAAUUAAAACGACAAAGUAUAAUAUAAAAUAUUUGUAUAAAAAAUACGAUAUUUUUAUUAUGACAGUAUUAAUGUAGAUUAGCGUGAUAAAAAGACAAAAUUGUAUCAUAAAACAAAUUGUAAUUUAAUAUUGCAAACAUUAAAUUUUCCGUACUGAACA